AUGAUGUCUGACACCUUCCUACAUCAAAAUGCUUACUUCGUCAUGGUGUGUGAGCUGCUGGGCGAUUCGUUGUACGAUUUCUUGAAGUGGAAUGGCUUCCGUGGGUUCUGGCUUCACGACAUCCAGAACUUUGCGAGAGAAAGCCUGAAGGCGCUGGCUGAUGAGCAGACCGUCCUGGGCCGAAUGAUCUACAAGUCAAGGAAUCAGCAUAGGAGGCACAGACAUCACAACUUCCUCAGCGCAACUUUCAAGGCCUUAGAUCUUUUGCUUCAAAGUGUGAACUCACUGGAGCUGCGGACUUUAGCACAGUCUGUCGUCGAGCACAGCACCUCGCUCGCCGUGUCCUCUACGAAGCCAUUGUCGACCAUGGGAAACCAAGAAGCGGCCGAAAAGCUGCUGCUGUCGCUGGAGACGGUUCAGGGCCGCGCGGAAUCCCUGCAAGCUUUGACGAAGGUCGCCGGCGCAGCCUUCCACCCGCUUGUAAGGUUGGGCUUCUUCGUGCCACUCGCUCUUUGCGCAACUGCCUUGCUUGGCCGAGUCUACAGCCUUUCAGCCGAGAUCUGCGAGGCCGUCUCGGGGGCUGCUGCCGCUCUCGCGCCCGAGCCCGGGGUCCCCAAGAUGGCACCGGAACCUGCAGCAGUCCCGGAGACAGCUCCGGCCGAAGAGGACGUUGGCGAGCCGAUGUCAGUGAGCAGAAUGGAGGAGGACCUUGGAGAGCCCUGUGAGGUUGGCGACAUGGCAGAGGCACGCCUGGGCGACACGAUCUCCGACGUUGUGCUCUGUCACCUCAUCUUCAUUCCACUUCCCUACAGAGAAGACGUGGCCCUGAAGUUCUUGCAUGAUCUCAGUCUGACGCACACGGAUUUGAAGCCUGAGAACAUCCUUCUGCAAAGUCGGGAGGUUGCACGCGUGUCGUUCUUCCCACGCUCCGAGUUCCAACCUCCCGAAGCGAGGUAUCGGAAUCUUCCCUAUGCUCGUCCGGCCAGCAAUUCCAUCAAGCUGAUCGACUUCGGGAACGCCACUUAUGUAGAUAUGCACCAUUCCAGCAUCAUCCAGACGCGGCAGUACCGCUCUCCAGAAGUGAUCCUCCAGAUUGGUUGGAGCGAGAAAGCGGACAUCUGGAGUUUAGGCUGCAUCCUCUUUGAGCUCUACACUGGCAAU